AUGAGGAAUAGUUUAAGUCAAGUAUUAUAUUACACCGCAUGGGUAUUUAUAUUUAAAUCAAGGAGAAGAGAGGACUCUGGAAUAUGUAUCUCAUCCACCAAAAAAUCAACAACUGUUUCAUCUUCAAAAAAUGAAAGUUUAGAACUUUGGGUCGAUGAUUUAUUAAAGGAAUUUGAUAAUAUCGUCUCAAUUAAUUUAAACAUUGACCCAAAUCAAGAUAGAGUUAAACAAUUAAUUAAAAAGAUUAACGAAGGACUACUAAAUAAAACUCCAGAUAAUCAUAAUAAUGAAAAAAUACUUGAUGAAUCUUCAAAGAAAAACUCAAAACUACGAAAAAAUCCAAUAUCGUGCGUUUCUGAUUUUAUAAAGAAUGCAGCAGAAAAAAGUGUUUCCAUAUUUGAAAAAUCAGAAUCCCCCGAAAAUAAAAAACAAGAAGAUCAGGCUAGAAAGCGUCUCGAACUAGCCCGUAAAAAAACCAGAAAACUUACAAUAAAUAUUGGUUCGAUCGAGAAAAAAAGUAAAAAUGAACGUUUAUUAAAUGGUCGAUAUCUCAUCGACAAAAGAAAUACAGUUGGUGAAGGUCACCAUGGAAAAGUUUUUAAGGGUAUUGACAUACAAAAUGAAACACGUGUGGCAGUUAAAUGUUUAAAGAAACAAUUUAAAUGUUGUUUGGGUACAAUACAAUAUGCAAAUAAAAAACAAUUAAAGAAGAAUUCUGAAAUAAUUAAUGAAGGAAGAAUGAUGUUACAAAUGGAUGGCUUGGUGAAUUUAGUUGAAACUCCCAAAAAAGUUUACUAUAUAAUGCCACUAGCAAAUAAAGAUUUGAGCGAUGUGAUUUAUCGUAAGAGAAUGACUGAAAGUUAUGCUCGUGGAUUUAUGAAACCAAUACUUGAAGCUGUUAAAGCUAUGCAUGAUGCUGGUUAUGUUCAUCGUGAUAUAAAGCCUGAAAAUAUCAUGUUAUAUGAAGAUGAAUUUGCAAAACUUGGUGAUUUUGGUCUUUCGACUGAAUUUGGUUAUCAUUCAGGUUUACAAGUAGUAGGAACUCCUGCUUUUGCUGCUCCUGAAAUACUUGGUCAAUUCCAUCGUACAGAUAAAUUGGCAUGGUUAAAUUAUAAACGUGCUGAUUUGUGGUCAUUGGGUGCUACUUUUUACGUAUGUUUGGCUGGUAGAUAUCCAUUCGAUGAUCAGAAACCAGUAAUGGAACAAGUAUACGCCGGUGUAAAAUUUCCUGAAAAACGGUUUGAAAAUUACUCGCCAGAUGCGAUCGAUCUUAUUAAAAGAUUAAUGAUAAACGAUCCAUUGAAACGUAUAUCAAUUGAUGAGGCACUUAAUCAUCCUUUCUUCACGAUGAAUAAAUAA